CCAUAGCCAUUAGCGAAAGACACUUGGCACCCGUCUGACGUAAACAGACUUCGUGAGGAUCAAGUUAUUACGUAAUGAGAUUCAUACCUCAGUUCAACACUGACCGUUGGCUUGAAAGGAUGUAUGAGUUCUUAUCCAUUUAAUAAAAUCAAAACCGUGUUAUACAGUGCAGUUAAUAGUUCAAAUCAUCAAGAAAACUUAGUGGAUUUUCUGAAUUCAUUUGUAAACACGUAGCGCCAACUAUCACCAUGGAGACUCGUGCCAUCCUUGUAUUUUUGGCUGCCUGCUAUGUGACAAAUGGAGCAAGGAUCAUUGGGGUGUUUCCAUAUCAAGGUCGGAGCCACAACAUAAUGUUUGAGCCCUUGAUGAUUGGUUUGGCACGUGCUGGGCAUACAAUCGACAUGAUCAGUCACUUUCCUCCGGCGAAACCAGUGCCAGGAUAUAAUCAUAUAAAUCUCAAAGGCUCACUGCCGACUUACGUAAACAAUGUGACAGCGUCUCUUGCCCGUCAAGCAACGACAGUUGGCUACGGAAUUAGUGCAAUAUGUGGCCCGUUAUCAAAGCAGUUGUGCAGUCUUUUCGAAACUCCUCAGGUGCAGAAUAUUCUCAAUACUGACGCCAAGUACGAUUUGAUGGUCACAGAGGUUUUCUCGACGAAUUGUUUCCUGGCAGUGGCUUACAAAUUAAAGAUUCCAGUGGUCGGGGUCGGCAGCAGCGUGAUGUAUUCCUGGGGUUAUGAUCCUUUUUACGGUGAAGCGAAUCCCAGCUUUAUACCGUCGCAGUUUGGGGCAUUUACGAACGAAAUGGGUUUUAUCCAACGUGUCGAGAAUACGAUAGUCCACUUUUACUCAAAGUACCUCUUCUAUAGCUACGAAAAGGCUGUGUCUGAACCAGUUGCCAAGAAGCAUGUUCCAGAUUUGCCAUCGUUGAACGAAAUCUACAACAAUAUGAGCCUUCUGCUCGUCAACAGUCAUUACAGCGUCCACGGAGCGCGUCCAGGGAACCCCGCCAUCGUCGAAGUGGCAGGUCUACACAUCGACGAGACCCAAGCUCUUUCCAAGGAAUUGGACGUGUUUCUGAACUCCUCGAAAGACGGUGUCAUCUACUUCAGCAUGGGAACGAUGGUCAGGUCAGACACAUUUGAUCCUGAGAAGAUAUCUGCUAUCUACGAGUCCUUUUCGGAACUUUCGAAUUACAAGGUGCUCUGGAAGGGGAACGUAGAGGAUCUACCGAAGCCGUUACCAUCCAACGUAAAAGUAGUUGCAUGGGCUCCUCAGUAUGCAGUUCUGCGCCACCCAAAAGUGAAAGCGUUCGUGACCCACGGAGGUUUAAUGGGAACCAUCGAGGCCAUCCAAGCCGGAGUUCCAAUGGUUGGAAUGCCGUUCAUGGUGGAUCAGACCUUCAACAUAAUGGGAUACGUUCAGAAAGGUAUCGCUGUUCAUCUGAACUACGAAGAUGUAACCAAGGCAAGUUUCUCAAACGCCUUGCGAGAGGUAUUGUUGAACCCGAAGUACCAAUCGAACUCAGAGCGCAUCGCAAGAUUGUUCAAGGACCGUCCAUUGUCACCGUUGGACGAGGCAAUUUUCUGGAUCGAAUAUGUCAUCCGCAACGGGGGCGAGCCUCUUAAAUCGUCGGGCCGCCAUCUCAACUGGUUCCAGUAUUAUUUGUUAGAUGUCUUUCUAUUCUUAAUCAAUAUAGCGGCCAUUGUUCUUACCAUUGUUUACGUGAUCGUCAAAAAAACGCUCUCCGCUAUUGUUGGUACAAAAAGUCACGCAACCUCAAGUAAAAAGAAAAUUUCCUAAGACACGUGCGGUAAAAAAUCAGUAUUUUGAUGGAAUAUAGUUAUGAUGAACAUUUUUAUGUACAAAAAACAGAAUAUACAAUUUUGAAGUCAUUAGUUGGUAGAGAAAAAAAAAAUUGUCAGUUUUGACUUGGCCAUCACACAGUGUCUUGUCUUGAUCACAUUUGCUAAUUAAAAAAAAAAUUUGAGCAAAUUGUGUCGAAGAUAAUAAUUGUUCGUCUCAUUCAUCACCUUGCAAAGGUAAAUUUUUUGUUUGAAGCGACAAAACGUUCCGAUAUACAUCAUUAUGAUGCAUGUUCAUCGAAUGUUCUCAUUGUUUUUGAUUUUGGCUUUGUUACGUCAUUGAUCAUUUUUACGCGAUUCGAGCGAGCACAUUUUCAAUUUCUGGAGUUGGAAACAAAUUUCCGUAAAUUCUCCUACGGCAGUUAGGUUACUAUCUCAUACUGCUAGAAAAAAAAACUUUUACGAAGAAAAAAACAAAAAUUCUCAAGUCAAGAAAAUGUGAUAUU